UAUUUCGAUAGUGAACAUUCGAUAGUUCCCAUCACUAGUUUAUGUAAACUUUGAAUAAUUUCAUCUUUAGGGAAGUGGUAUGGACAAAUAUCCAGAAGAUCGACCUGUGACUCAAGUUGAAAGUUUUGGAAUAAGUAGUGUAAAAUGCAGUAGCGCAAAUUCCUCAGCACAUAACUCAGAUGACGAAGACAGUGAUGUGCCAAAAAAAGCAUCUGAAAUAUAUAAGGAAAGACGACGUGAAGCGCAUACUCAGGCGGAACAAAAAAGACGUGACGCUAUUAAAAAAGGUUAUGAUGCUUUACAAGAACUAGUGCCAGCUUGUAAUCAACAUGAUAACUCCGGUUAUAAGUUAAGUAAAGCUACAACUUUGCAAAAAUCUAUUGACUACAUAAGUUAUCUUAAUCAAAAGAAAAAAAAAGAAGAAGAAGAGAAAGCGGCUUUACAAAAAGAAGUUAUGGCUUUAAGUAUAAUACAACAAAGCUAUGAAACAAUGUUAAAAAACCAACAAGCAAAUCCAGGUCCACAAGAAGCGAGAGUUGCGGAUGAUUCUAAAUUCAAAAUCUUUCAAACUAUCAUGAACGAAAUGUUUGAAACAUUUCAAAAUAUACCGAUGGAAAACUUUCACCAGCUGAUAACUGGAGUAGUCCCAUGGUUAGAAGAAAACUGUAAACCGCACAUAUUACGCGCUGUUGUCAACCAAGUAAUACAAAAUAUGUCGACACAACAUUUCAAACAUUGAAAGUUUAUAUAUUCGCAUGUAUUCUCAGAAGUGUUUGAUGUAUCUACUAAAAAUUAUUUUUCUGUUUUUUCAUAUAUCACAGCGUCAAUAUACAAAACUAGAAGUUUGAGCAUUAAGCAGAUAAAAGAUAUGAAUACAACAAUUAUUAUUAGUGAAAGUGUAUAUAUUUAUGUAUUGUGAAUAAUGUGAAAGUUAAGUUAUUCAAAGAGUAACAACUUUAUCAACAUUUCUUUAAAAUUGGUUUGAUAUUUCAAUAGUUAAAAGUUGUUAAUAGAUUAAAAUUGAAAAAAUUUAUAAGUCAUAUUAAAAAUAGAAUUGGUGGAUUUAUUGGUUCCAUCACUUUUAUGCCAACCUGAUUUAAGUCAAAAAUAUUUUUUCUGGAUGGUUUGAAUAAUUUAUAAUUCCUUUCCUUUAAGCCAAGUGGUAUAUUUCACUACACUUUAUUAAAAGAAUAGUCUGUAAUUGUAGUAGUACAUAUAUAAAUUGAGAAUAAAAUUGAUAUU